AGGUCUACAAAACAAAAUGACAAUCAAAAAAUUCAAAUGAUUACAUUUCUCCUGAUGUAGACACGACAUGCGCUUUUUAUUAAGAGCAUAAAAACCGUCUAAUCUGUGAUAGCAACAAAUACCUAAGCUAAUAAGUUUUUUUAAUAGCUAAACAAUUUAAACUAUCGAAACAAUUUUUGUAAACUUUUUUCAAUGAGGAUAUAGAACUGUCGGUAAAAAUAUUAUAAUUAAAACGAAUACUUUUACAAGAGAAACACAUGCGGUAUAAAGGCGAGUGGCUAAGUACAUUUGUUCUAGAGGUAGGAAGACAAAAGGUCAUACAAUAUCGCAUGCAACUAUUUGGACGAGGAAUGGAAAAGUGUAUGCAUUGCAGGAUAUCGGACAAGUCAAUAAGCCCAUGAAUUAGCUUGUAUAGAAAGAUGAUAUCAUUUAUUUUCCUUCAAGUGUAAAGUGAGCUCCCUCGGUAAAAAUUCAGUCUCUGUGCAUACGAUUCAACUUUAGACAUUAUUACCGGUGUAAGAAAGGUGAUAUAAAAAUCUCUCUUGAACACAUUCAAGUCUAUUUAUGUGAACCUGAUAGCAAGGGCUCCACACUACACUGCAAUACUCCAGGAUAUUUCAAACUAAGCCAAAGAAACAGCCAACUGCUCAAGAGAUAAUGAUAAGGCAGCUUGCAAAAGAGAAGAAGGAAACAGAGAAGCUCAAAUCCCUAAUGGAUUCACAAAGAAAGCAAAUCAUGCUAAAAGCUAAUGAGGAGGAAGAUAAGAUGAUCAGAAAAUUAGAGAAACAACUUGGACUGAACAAGUCAAAGAAUAAAAAUAAUUAUUUUACUGACGACGGACUUGACUAUCUUUUAGAAAUUUGUGACAGGGCAACAUCAGAACAAAUAGUGGCUGCAGAAAAACAUUUAGCCGAAGUUGAAAGAGAUUCUGAUUUUGAAGAAGAUCUAGCAGUAGUAACUGGCAAGGAACUGCCUAAGAGUAGUGAAAAAAAGAACAAAAACAAACCUAAUGAUGCCAACUCUGAAGAUGAAAUAGAUACUGAUGAUGAAAUGGAAGUUGAUGAAGAAGUAGACGAUGAAGAGGAAUCGGCAGCUGAUGACCAAUUUGAAGAUGAUAAUAGUGAUGCAGAUGAUUUUGAUAAUGAAAACUUUAGUGAUGAUGAUGAUGAUGAUAUAAGUGAAAACAUUAAAUCAGAUAAUGAAAAAGACACCAAAAAAUCUAAAAUAAACAAAACGGACGUAAAAACUAGCAAAAUCAAAAUUGUACCUGAAAAAGAUAUUGGUAAAGUGUUUAGUGAAGAUGAAGUGUCACACUUAUCUAGUGAUGAUGAUUUGGAAGGAGCUUCUGAUGAAGAUAAUAAAGUUGAUGAAGUUUCUAGAAUCGAUAAGACUGAAAAGCCAGAUGUGUGGGAAGAUAUCUAUGGUAGGAAAAGGGAUAAAGAAGGCAAUAUUAUCAAGGAAGAAAAAGGGAUUUAUAUACCACCGCAUUUAAGAAAUAAGGACUCAGCCUCCGAUAAGCAGUUAGCCCAACUUAAACGUCAAAUUAAAAGUGUACUUAACAAAUUAGCUGGUACAAAUUUACAUUGGGCUUGCACAUCUAUUGAAAACUUGUAUUCACAAAACAGUAGGAACUCUGUAAAUACAGCACUCACAGAACUGUGGCUGGAAGCCACGGUGAGCUCGGCCAACACUCCGGACAGGAUGGUCGCAGAACAUGCCGCCUUGGUGUCAGUUCUUCAUGCUAACGUCGGAUCAGAAAUAGGAGCUCACUUUCUGGAAGAGUUAUCGAGAAAGUUCGACGAAAUGAUGGAAACACCCCAAUCGGUAGAGGAUAAACGACUGGACAACCUCGUAUCAUGCUUGGCGCAUUUAUAUUGCUUUAAGAUCUACCACGCCUGCCUGCUGUACGACAUCCUGGCGCGUCUCGUGUCGCAGCUCAGCGAGAAGAGCAUGGAGUGCGUGCUGACCGUGCUGCGCAGUGCGGGCGGCCUGCUGCGGAGGGACGAGCCCGCCCGCCUGCGCGCCUUCAUACAGGACUCGCAGGCGCGCCUCGCGCACGCGCACCACGCCGCCGACAAGGGGUCAAGAGUGAAAUUUCUCGUAGAAGUGUUGCUAGCUGUUAAAAAUAAUAACUUGAAUAAAAUUCCUAAUUACGAUCCAACGUAUGUGGAACAUCUUAUAAAGGCGUGCCGAAGUGUUGUAAGGCGAGGGAACUACAUCACACCGCUUAAUAUUAGAUUAGAGGAUUUAUUGAAAACUCAUGAAAGAGGCAAAUGGUGGGUAGUAGGGUCGGCGUGGGAAGGCAACCGAAUACAAGAAGCCGAGCCGACCGCAAAACCACUUCCAUCCACAGACCAGAAACUUCUAGAACUUGCUAGACAACAACGCAUGAAUACAGACGUUAGAAGGAGUAUAUUUUGUGUUAUCAUGUCGGCUGAGGACUACAUGGAUGCCUUCGAGAAACUUCAACACCUAGGUCUAAAAGGCCAACAGGAACGAGAGGUGGUGCACGUGUUACUGGCCUGCUGCCUGCAAGAGAAGACCUACAACCCGUAUUAUGGUGUCCUAGGGCAGAAGUUAUGUAAUUUCGAUAGAAAAUAUCAGCUUUCAAUACAGUAUACAGUUUGGGACAAGAUAAAGGACUUUGAGUCGCUCUCAAAGCAAGCUAUGACGAAUUUAGGGCAAUUUAUCAUUCAUCUUAUUAUGGAGAAGGGAUUGCCGCUUUCUGUUUUAAAGAUAAUCCAAUUCUCAGAUUUAAACAAGAAAUCAGUUCGAUUCAUGCGUCAAAUACUUCUUGCGAUCAUCAUGAACGCUGAUCUCCAAGCCUCCCUAGAAGUCUUCCACAGAAUAUCAAAACCUCCUAAACUACACAUGUUCAGAGAGAGUUUACGGCUGUUUAUCCAACACUUUUUAAUUAAGAACGCAGGCAAAAAAACUACGAUUUUAAGCGAAGAAGAAAUGGCAACACUGAAAGAAAGAGCAGUAGAAGUAGAUAAAAUAUUAACAAUGCAUGAAACUAAGUUGAGAUUUUGAAUAAAUAUUUAACAAUGA